CUGUGGCCUUUGCUGGCCACACUGGCCUGGUUGGUGGCCAAAGCUGAGCCCAGGGAUGCAGCCAGCCAGCCCCUGCUUUUCCACAGGUUCCUGCUGUCUCCCUGUGUGUGGGAGCAGUGCUCUGACCACAGGGAUCUCUCCCAGCCCUGGCUGUUGCCCUCCAGACGGAAUCACAGGAUUCACAGAAUCACAGAAUGCCCAGGUUGGAAGAGACCUCCAAGAUCAUGGAGUCCAGCCCAGCCCCAGCACCCCAACCAAACCCUGGCACCCAGUGCCACAUCCAGAAGCUGGAGCCCUGGCCCAGCAGUACCUGGAGAGAGGGCUGCUGGUGCCUGACCACGUCAUCACCCGCGUGAUGAUGGCCGAGCUGGAGAAGCGGCGGGAGCAGCACUGGCUGCUCGAUGGUUUCCCUCGGACGCUGGGGCAGGCCCGGGCUCUGGAUGGGAUCUGCCAGCUGGACCUGGUGAUCAGCCUGAACAUCCCCUUCGAGACGCUGAAGGAUCGGCUGAGCGCCCGCUGGGUGCACCCCGCCAGCGGCCGCGUCUACAACAUGGACUUCAACCCUCCCCAGAGCCAGGGUGUGGAUGACCGGACGGGAGAGCCGCUGGUGCAGCGCGAUGAGGACAGGCCCGAGGCCGUGGCCGCUCGCCUCAGGAAGUACAAAGAUGCUGCCAAGCCCGUGAUAGAGCUCUACAAGAGCAGGGGCAUCCUUCACUCCUUCUCUGGCACAGAGACCAACAAGAUCUGGCCCUACGUGUACGGCCUGCUGUCCAGCAGGAUCCCACCCAUCCUCUCGGAGGAGGAGCACUAACCAGCCCGUGCCAAGCACCAGGAUCUCCUUCCAUCCUGGAUUUGGUUCCCAGUGCAGUGCCAGGGCUGUGCUGGGCUUGGGUGUUCGUGGCUGGGUGACAUUGGUGGGUGCCAGUUACAGCCAGGAUCAGAUCUUUGUUUGGAAGGUCAAGUCUGCUGGAAUAAGGGGUUUUUUCCCUCUUUUGGGGCUAUGGAGCUUUCCUGCCCGUGGUCCAUCCUGGAUUGGUGGUGCUGGCAGGGGCAUUGGUCAUGCCAGGUUUACACAGCUUUGCCAUGGUGUCCUUGCCAUCCCUUUCCAGCCCCAAUCCCUGGCUGAGCCCACAUGUGCCAUCCUGCUGCUCCACAGGACCAUUUACUGCUGAGGACUCUCUAGGCUGAGGUGGUUUUUUUCUAUAAAUUAUUUUCUAUUAAGUGUAUUUCUCAGAGAAAUAAAGCUCUAGAAAGCAACACUCAGCCGGGUGGGAAUUUUGGGAGCAAUGUGGAAAACGUGUGUACUACGAAGCUGAGAGAUGUGAGGCUCACAUUUCCAGCAUGAAUACACGUAAAAGAGGCAAAAGCUUGGAGGUGAAACUCCCACUUCCACGGGGAGAGCUGAAUUCCCUGCUGGAAAAGCUGCUGUACAGGUUCUUAUGGAAUGCUGUGACACUCAGCAGGACCUGGGCUGGGGAUGAGUUGCACUCCUUUGUGCUUUCCUGGUUCAUAGCUUUCAAUACUCCAAGAUAGCAGAGUCCUAAGAGUUUCUCCCAAAGAUGUAUCUCCACGUGUGCUUUGGUUUUGGGGAGGAAUCAGCUCAUUCCAUCUUCUGUGCUGCCUUUGUGCCCGGGGUCCCCUGGCCAGGGGGUCCCUUCAGCUGCUCCUGCUGCGUCCCCCAGCAAAGCCACUCCCUCCCCAUGAAACCCCAGAGAUCUUUCCUUCCUUGGGAUGCAGCCAGGGCCAUGCCCAGGUGUUCUCCCACGAUUUUCAGCGCCCUUGGGUUGUGGUGGGGCUGGGCUUUUCUCAACUAGAAGUACUGUCACCCUCUUUUUUGUAGGAGGCAGUACCUGAGCAAUGGGGACGGUCCUGGUCCCCUCAAGUUGCCUUAUUUUAUAAACUAUCUAUUUAAGA